AUGAUUAGGGAUUAUGGUCGUCUUGUGGAAGCGGGAACUCACUUAGAGACCAUGAUUCAGAUUGAUGAUGAAAGGAUGAAGGGCUCUAGGCAGAGAAGUCAGGAGGUUCAGGGAGAGAAUAGGGAUAGUAAAAAGCAGAGAGUGUUUGUGAUUAUAGCCAUGUUUCCUAGGAAGUAUAGUUCUGGAAAUGAAAAGAGAAAGAAGAGGAUGAAAGUAGAACAAUUAAUUCAAUCUCAAUCGGGAGCACUUGAUAAAUAUUUUGGUACCAAGAAACAAGUAGAUAUUUUGGGUUCAAAUGACAAUGAUGAUGAAGAUUUGGUAAUUGAAGAACCUACUCAUUGUGUGAAUAAUAAUGAGAAUGAUGAUUUGGUGAUUGAACAACCUAGUGAACAUAUGAAUGAGAAUGAGAAUGAGAAUGAAGAUUUGGGGAAUGUAGAAUCUAGUGAAAGUGAAGAUGUCAAUGUUGAAUGUGGACCUCUAAACAUUUAUGACCCUAGUAAUUGGGACAAGAUUGAUCAAAAUUUAAGCGAUUUACUAGUUGAAAGAGGUCCUAUAAGAGAGAAGCAGGAUAUGAAGUGGCUAGUAUAUUCAGAUGCUUCAGACAAAGUGUUUUGCUUUUGUUGCAAGUUGUUUAAGCAAGAUGGGAACAACAUUCAUUUGGCUACUGAUGGAUUGAAAGAUUGGAAGAAUAUGGGCAACAGGCUUAGAAGUCAUGAAACUAGUAAUGAGAACAAUAUUUGCAUGAGCAAAUGGAUUGAAUUGGAAAGUAGAUUGAAGAAGAAUGAAACAAUUGAUAGAAGUGUUCAAGAACAAAUCAACAAAGAGAGGGAACACUGGAGACAAGUGUUACUAAGGAUAAUUGUUAUUGUGAUCACUCUUGCUAAAAAUAAUUUAGCUUUUCGUGGAGACAAUGAGAAGAUUUAUCAAGAAAGAAGUGGAAUCUUUUUAAGCUUAAUUGAAAUGCUUGCUAAAUUUGAUCCAGUAAUGCAAGAGAACAUUCAACGUAUUCAAAGGAGUGAAAUUCAUUACCAUUAUCUUGGCCACAAAAUCCAAAAUGAAUUGAUACAGAUGUUAGCGAGUGAGAUCAAGAGUACGAUUGUGGCAAGAAUCAAAGAAGCGAAAUAUUUUUCAAUUAUUCUUGAUUGUACUCCAGAUGUUAGUCAUGAAGAACAAAUGUCUCUUAUGAUAAGAUGUGUAGAUGUUUCAACUAGUCUGGUAAAGGUAGAAGAAUUCUUUUUAGAAUUUUUGAAAGUGGAUGAUACAUCGGGGUUGGGACUUUUUAAUGUACUUAGAGAGGCAUUGCACACACUCCAGCUUGAUAUUGGUGAUAUAAGAGGGCAAGGAUAUGAUAAUGGCUCUAAUAUGAAAGGGAGACACAAAGGUGUACAAAAAAGAGUACUUGAAAUAAAUCCAAGAGCAUUCUACACGCCAUGUGGGUGUCAUAGUCUUAAUCUUGCCCUUUGUGAUAUGGCUACCUCUUGUUCCAAAGCUAUCUAUUUCUUUAGAGUGGUACAACGCAUAUAUGUGUUGUUUUCAUCUUCUACAAAGAGGUGGAAAAUUUUCAAAGACAAUGUGGAAGGUCUCAUACUUAAGCCAUUAUCACAAACUCGUUGGAAAAGUCGAAUUGAAAGUGUUGAAACUAUACGGUACCAAGCUCCACAAAUUAGAGAUGCUUUAAUUCAAUUGGAAAAAGAAGCUGAUGAGCCCAAUACAAAGUGUGAAGCUGAAUCCUUAGUUACAUUUGAAAAUGAGAACUUUGAGUUUUUGCUUGGCAUGAUUAUUUGGCACAAUCUGUUGUUUGCUGUUAAUUCUGUUAGCAAGACAUUUCAAGCUGAAGACAUGCAUAUUGAUGCUGCUAUACAUCAAUUAAAAGGACUCAUUACAUUUCUUGAAAAGUAUAGAGAAACUGGAUUUUUGGAGGCCAUGAUUGAAGCUAAAAAAGUUGCAAUUGAAAUGGAGAUUGAACCUACAUUUCGUGAAAGGCGUGUCAUUCGUAAAAAGAAACAUUUUGAUGAGAAUGUUAGUGAAGAGGUUGCACAAUCAGCUGAAGAAUCCUUUAGAAAGUUAAAUUCUACCAAUGAUGAGUGCUUGAAGACUUAUUGUGCUAAUCUUGAAGACUUUUUGAAACAUGAUGGGCUUAUGGAUAUUGAUGGGAGAGAUUUAUUUUCUGAGUUGAAAGUCUUCAAAGAAAUUUUGCCAAAAGAAAUCAAUAAGCCAAUUAAGGUGAUGAAUUAUUUGAAAUUGAUGGAUGGUUGUUUUCCAAAUGCCUGGAUUGCGUAUAGAAUAUUAUUGACUAUUUCAGUUACAGUUGCCUCUGGAGAAAGAAGUUUUUCAAAGUUAAAAUUGAUCAAAUCCUACCUCCGAUCAACAAUGUCACAAGAAAUAUUGAAUGGAUUAGCUAUAUUGUCUAUUGAAAAGGAUUUGGUAGAUAAAUUAGAUUAUACAAACUUAAUUAGUGAUUUUGCAGCUAAAAAUGCAAGAAGAGUAGUAUUUAAGUGA